AUGCUGCGGGUCUACUUGGCUUCCGGGGAGCUGCUGGAAGUGGACACCCAGGAGGUGGCAAAGACCUCAGAGACCUGGCCUCCCUCGGUGCUCUCACUGAAGCGGCACCUGCAGCAACUGUGUGGGCAGCCGAGAUUCAAGUUACGGCUGCUGUGCAGUGGAACGAUUCUGGAGGACUCGGAAGUGCUGGCCAGCUCACUCGACUUGCAACUGGUGGUGUUGCCUUUCUGCUUAUCCCGGGAAGCCCAGUGUCGGGAGCUCAUGCAGGCGAUUUUCGUAAAUUCCACUGAGGAGGUCGAGGCGAUACUGCAAAGACCACAAGACCCGAACCUAAAACCAGAUUCGCAAGACGCCCAAGACGCUGCCUUACACCUUGCUCUGCAGCUCCGGCGCUCGGACAUCGUGCAGCUCUUGCUCGAGGCCUGGGCCGACGUGGACAAGCCGGAUGGACGCGGGUCAAGCCCUGUUUUCAAGGCGGUUGAUAUCCACCACUUGGAGGCCCUACGUGCUCUCUUGGCUGCUCGGGCUGAUGCUGACAAGGCCAACUCCAUGGGACAGACGCCUCUUCUCCAAGCAGCCGCGAACGGCCUCACCGAAGCAGCCAGUCUACUUGUGCAAGCUGGUGCAGACAAAGAGCUCAACGUGAAUGGGAGAACGCCUCUACACACGGCUGUUCAAGGGGGCCACUCAGGCGUGGUGCGCGUGCUGCUCGAAGCCCGCAGCGAUCUGAACUCGGUGGACCGGCAUGGGUGCACACCGCUCCGGAUGGCAGCCGAGGUCGGUGACCUCGUUGCCAUGCGGCUUCUCUUGGAUGCCAAGGCAGACGUGGACAAAGGUGACUUCAACAGCCUCAGCCCUCUGCUUGUCGUGUUGGGAAACUUGGAAGGCCAAGGCGGCCGCCUGGAAGGCCACGGCCGCCUACGCCUGGUGCGCGUUCUCAUGGAGGCAUCCGCGGAUGUUAACAAGGCUGAUGCUACCGGGCGGACACCUGUUUUGGUCGCGUGCCUCCGUGGCUGCGUUGAGAUCACGAAGCUACUUGUAGAAGCGGGUGCCACUUUGCACAAGGCGUGGGUCAAGGAACCUUCGGGUGACACGGUCGGAAGCGCCCAUCCGGAGAUUGUACACCUGCUGUCAGAGGCAGCUGCAAACGGCAGCGUGGAAACGGCACGUCUGCUCGUUGAGGCAGGCGCCGACAAGGACGAGCUCAACAGCUAUGGAAAGACCCCUCUUUACAUGGCAGCCCUCUGUGGCCACCCAGACGUCACGAAGCUCCUGCUCGAGGCCCAAGCAGAUCCGAACAAGGUGGCAGAUGAUGGUUCAACACCCCUUCGGAUGGCAGCGGAAUUGGGGGACCUGGAAACGACGCAGCGGCUGCUGGAGGCCGGGGCUGACACGGACCGGGCCGACAACGCGGGCUUGACGCCUCUGCUCGCGGCCUGCAUCCAUGGCAAGGUCGAGGUGGCCCGGGCUUUGGUGGCUGCCGGCGCGGACGCGAAGGCCAUCGAGGCUAACAGCGACAACGAGGUGCAGCACCUGGAAUCGGUGGGCAACCUGGAAGGCGUUCGGAUGCUCAUGGAAGCGGAGGCCGGAGAAGCCCGGGCCAGCAAGCGCCGAAAGUGA